CUCAUCGUAACACUGACGACUUAUCUUUAAGAAAGGUCGACCUUAAUUAUGCUCCGGGCGUUUCUGUGGAUUUUCACCUUCCUGUUUCUUGUAACUACAACUGAUGUUAAUGCAAACAGUUGUUCCCCAACGAACUACAACAUCAUUGUGAAAGGAGGUUCAUCAUUACCCAAUGAUGAGAUAAUAUCAAGACACAACGUAACAUCUUCAGACGUCAUGUUGGGAUGUCACACUCACUGCCAAGACGAAGAAAAAUGUGUCGGUUUUAACUACAGAACAACGAAAAAUGUUGAAAAUUGUCAACUGACAAACGUCACAAUUAACCGAGCCAACUCAAACCAAGGAGAUUGGAUAUUGAUGCAUGAUGAUGAUGCGGUUUGCUGCAGGGAAGAAGUAAUUAUAUGCCAUAAUGGAGAAUCAUUCCGUCAUGAUAACGGGUGCAAAAAUGCUCUUGGAAUAGAAAAUGGUUACAUCUGUGAUGACCAAAUCACGGCUUCCAGCGAAUGGAGUACGAAAAAUCGGGCGGCUAAUGCAAGAUUGAAUUUCACACCGCGAGAUGGAAGAACAGGGGCAUGGUCAUCGCGGGACAAAGAUCUUCAUCAGUGGCUUCAGGUUGAUUUUCGACGGCUAACCCAAAUCACUGCAAUAAGCACCCAAGGACGCGUUGACAAUAAGAAAACUCAGUUUGUUAUGAGUUACAGCGUUUCUUUCAGCAAAGACGGGGAUUUUUUCCAGGUUUAUAAAACAGAACAGACCGAGAAGAAAUUUCAAGGCAACAACGACAGCAGUUCUAUUGUCCAUCAAUUGCUUAUUCCUCCUAUUUCUGCUCGCUUCAUUCGACUUCGUCCAACAGCUUGGAAUGAUCAUAUCUCGAUGAGAGUCGAAUUUUAUGGUUGUUCCUAA